CCCGCCGCUGCUCGGGAAGAGGCGGGCCCCGUGCGCCCAGCGCUCGCCAUGGCCGCCGAGGCGGCGACGUGAGCGCCCGGGCGACCCCGUGCCGGGGCCGGGCCGCGCCCAGAGCCGCCGCCGCCGCCGCUCCUGCGGCGCCGGGAGCCCCGGGCCAUGCGGCCGCUGCUCGUUCUGCUGCCGCUGGUGCUGCCACCGCUGCUGCUGUUCGGUAGCUGCGGCGCCGCGGCGUCCCCGGCAGAUGCUCCUCCUCAGCUGCCACCUCCUCAAAACCUGAAGGUGCGUCUGUACAAUGCCCAGCAGGCUCUGAGCUGGGAUCCCGUGACCCUGAGCAAUGACACGAGGCCGGUGGUCUACCAGGUGCAAUACAGAUACAGCACCAGUCACAACUGGUACGACGUCAACAAAAGAGACAGCAGCGUGGAUUGUACGAACCUCAGCAGGACGGAGUGUGACUUUACCGCCAACAGCCUCUCCAAGGGUUUCCCACGGCAGUUCAACAUCUCCCUACGUGUUCGUGCCAAGCUGGGGGACCGCGUUUCCCCUUGGGUGACAGCGCCUUGGUUCGAACACUAUCGGAAUGCUACCAUCGGGCCUCCAGAAAACAUCUGGGUGACCCCAGAAGAAGGCUCCCUCAUCAUCAGGUUUUCCUCUCCUUUUGACGUCCCUGCCUCGGUGGCCUUUUUCUCGUAUUAUGUCUAUUACAGGGAGAUGGCGGGAAUCCAACAGGUGACGCAGCCUUUCAGGAACAACUUCAUCACACUGAAUGAUUUAAAACCCUUAAGAGUAUACUGUUUUCAAGUCAAAGCAGAACUGUUUUUGGUCAAAGAAAACAUCUCUAGAUCCGGGCAUUUAAGCAACAUGUCUUGCUCCGAAACAACAGCCGAUGCGUCUACCAAGCUGCAGCAAGUCAUCCUGAUUGCCGUGGGAACCUUUCUGUUGCUGGUGGUGGUGGUCGGGGCCUGUCUCUUUCUGGUCCUGAGAUUCAGAGGCCUUGUUAAAUACUGGUUUCACUCUCCGCCCAGCAUCCCGGUACAAAUAGAAGAGUAUUUAAAGGACCCGGCUCAGCCCAUCUUAGACGCCUUGGACAAAGACAGCUCGCCAAGAGAUGAUGCCUGGGACUCUGUGUCCAUCGUUUCAUUUCCAGAGAAUCAUCAAGAAGACACUCUCCAAAGCACUUUGACCCAAAGCACUGUCUCGAGCCACCAGCCUAUGGAUGGAGCACCCUCAGCCGAUACAGCUGCUGAUGUAUCUGUCCCGGUUUGAUGGAGCCACUGCUCAAUUUCCCUGUCACAAAAAGACCUAUGGGUGGAGUUCCCUGGUGGCUCAGUGGGUUAAGGAUCCCUUGGUGUCACUGCUGAGGUUCUGGUCCCUGCCAUGGCAUGGGUUCGAUCCCUGGCCUGGGAACUUCCACAUGCCGUGGAUGUGGCCAAAAAGACCCCAAAGACCCAUGAGUACCUGGGCAGAAGUCAUGGGUCUUGUGGGAGAGACAAACUUUUUUUUUUAACCCAAAAUUUCCUAAAUCAUACAUGUGUUUAGCAUGAUUCUACAUACCAAAAAAAUAAGGUUUCUCUUAAACACUAAAAAAGCACUUAAUUAUUUGUUAGCCAAGUGGCACCCCCUCUGAUAUUUUGUACAUUGCUGGUUGGGCCACGCAGUCAGGAGACGGGGGUCCCCUUUAACUCUAGCAAGAAACUUGAGUACUUCGGGCAGGUAACAGAACCUGUCCCAGCCUGUGCCAACAAGGGACACUGUCCCUUUCACGUGCAGAUUCCUGGCUUUAAAUGUGAUUAAAACUGUAAAUAAUUUUCUAGUAA